UAGUAAAUGAUUUUAAUAGAGUAGAUGUCACUGACGUUGUUAUGUAUUAUGUAAUGCAUUACAAAACACAUGUAUUUUGAUAUUUACUAACAAUUUUGGUGACAAUUAUUGGCCGAAAAAAUGACUAAAAAUACGGGAAAAAUUGCAUUAAACGGUUUGGUAUCUCUGGUCACGGGAAGUGCUUCGGGACUCGGAUAUCAUAUAAGACAACGAUUGGCACUUAAAGGUGCAAAAAUAUUAGCCGUUGAUAUCAACCACAAGACUGAUAUUGAAGAAGAUGUAAAACUGAAGACAAGUGUGUCAUUCAUUACCGGCGAUGUUAGUGACAGGAAAUUUCUGGACAAUAUGUUUGCUAAAUAUCCUAAAGUUGAUGCUGUGGUCAACUGUGCCGCUGCUUAUAGAUCUUAUAAUUACUUCACAUCAUAUUUGGUGUCCAAACAUGCAUUGGAUGUGAUGAAGAAUAACGCCAUCAAUGAGUACGGUAUACGCGGAUGUAUUAUCAAUAUAAUUGGUUUACAACAGAGAUAUAAUGAGAAGUACUUUGAAGAGCAAGACAUAUACUCUAAGAAAAUCGGUGAAACAAUAGACUCGUUGGACGACAAAGUAAUGACUUUAGCCGAACAGUUAACCGCUAAUAGGAUCCGAUCUAAUAGUAUAAUAGUUCCGGCAAACAGUGAUCAACAACUGUUUGCACAAAUCAUUCAAAAUAUCAUUGAAGAUCAAUACAUUGCCGGACAGAUCAUUAAUAUGGAGGACGAGUUUCGACCACAUUUGGGAACUUUUAAAGAACUUAUGGCCGAUUAUCACAUACCACCUGAUCCUAAGACAAUUCCCGAUGACGUCAAAGAAGCCAACAUUCAAUUACCAAAACCGGCGCAUAACAAGAGACCGACACAGACUACCGGCAAUCGUACACCACUUCUUAGAUUAGAUAAUAAGAAAUAAUAAACAAAUUGUAUGUUUAGUAUAAUAUAUAAAAAAUAAUUAUCGGUACCUGUAUUUCAUUUAUAAUUU